CCACUUCCAUUUAUAGAGUACAACCCUUUAAUAUCAAAGUAAUCAAAUUUGCUACAAUUAGAAAAAAAUUAUAAUUCUCUUUCCAAACACACAAAAAAAUGCAAGUUAACAUCAUUUCAACAGAAAUCAUAAGACCAGCUUCACCAAUUAUUCAUCAAACCAAAAAACCAUUCAAAUUUGCCCUUUUCAAUCAGCUUACGCCAAUAACUUACACCCCACUCGUCUUCUUCUACCCCGCCACAUCAUCCUCACGUAUUAAUGUCACUCAAACCCUAGCUCGCCUCAAGGAAAGUCUCUCACAAACCCUAACUCUGUACUAUCCUUUCUCAGGAAGAGUGGUUGAUAAUUUACAUAUUGAUCAUUUUAAUGAAGGUAUUCCUUUCAUUGUAGCAAGAAUUAAUGGGUUGGUACUGUCUGAAUUUCUUAAAAACCCUAGACUUGAGCUCAUGAACGGGUUCGUUCCGUUCAAACCCUACACUAAAAUUACGGAUAUGGGAGCUCCACAAAUUGCAUUUCAAGUGAACGUGUUUUCUUGUGGUGGGAUUGCUAUAGGUGGCUCUGCGUCGCAUAAACUCGUUGAUGCACCUACGGCUGCCGCCUUUCUCCAUGCAUGGGCUACUCUAGCUCGAACUGGGUCACUCAGUAGUGUUGUAAAACCUAAUUGUGAUGAAGCCUCCGUGUAUUUUCCACCAAAAAAUCCAUUUCCUGAAGAACAUUUAUCACUGAUGGAGAAUUUAUGGUUUACGGAAGGUAAUUACAUUUCGAGACGAUUCGUUUUUCAUGCAAAAGCGAUCGCUUCCCUUCGUAUUAAAGCGAGAGGAGAAGGAAAUGAGAAUAAAAAGCUUCCAUCGCGAGUUGAAGCUUUAUCAUGCUUUAUAUGGAAAUGUUGCAUGGCCGCGGCUAGACCACCGAAGGCUUCUGUUUUGGUGGAAGCGGUGAAUCUUCGGACAAGAACAAAGCCACCGAUGUCGAAUGCUUCGAUCGGCGAUAUAUUCGGGUGGGCAACUGCGGUGACGGAUCCGACUUUACGGGAAAAAGAAUUGCAUGAGUUAGCAGCCUUGCUUGAAGAAGCUAUUGGUUUAUAUGAUGAUGGGGAUUAUAUGGAUUCUCUGCAAGGUGAUGAUGGAUUUGAAACAAUGAAUGAUUAUCAUAACCAGCUACAGGGGCUGUUAUCUGUAGAAAAACCAGAUAUUUUUGCAUUUACGAGCUGGUGUCACCUUGAGUUUAAUAAGAUGGAUUUUGGAUUUGGAAAUCCAUUUUGGUUCGGACUAUUAGGGCAAGUUGGACCAGCAUUCAGAAACCUUACUGUAUUUACUGACGGAAGAGAUGGCAAAGGGAUUGAAGCAUGGAUCACUUUAGAUGAAGAGAGAAUGACCAAAUUGGAACAUGAUCCUGCGUUUUUAGCCUAUGCUUCCCCUAAUCCAAGAAUUUCAAGUCUGUAAGUGAUUGAUUAAUUUUCUUUUCGUAAAAUGAAUUUUUCCACCCACGAUUCUAACGUUUUUGUCCAAUAUAUCACAAUUUUUAAAUCUUACCUAUUUGAUCCAUUAUUUUUUUAAGUCUUUGCCAAAUAUAUUCAUAGCUCAUUUGGAGCUGACGUGACGUUAGGUUUUACACGUCAUUUAGGAUGAAUUUUGUACAUGUAGACGAAUAAGAUUGCGCUACAUCAACUUAAAACGAAUCAUAAAUAUGGCAAAGAUAAAAAAGAUGAUAUACCAAACUGGAUAAAAUUUAAAAAUCAUGGUGUAUUUGGAUAAAACACUAAAAUUAUGCAAAGAUAAGUUCAUUUUACAUUUUCUUUUCUUAUUUAUUGGUUGAACUAGUGUAAUGUGAUUGAUGGAUUUAUUUGUAGUUUUUGUGCUUUUUUUUUAAUAAAUUAUAGCUUUUUAUAUAA